CAGAAUCCUUCAGUAGCCAAUAGUUCAGUAGGGAGGCAGCUGUAUGAGGCUCCCCCUUCCUAAGUCCUGACAGAGCCAGCCUUUUGUGGGCCCAGAGCAGGGCAAAGGUCCAGAGAAACUGCUCUCAAAAAACACCUUUAGGGUGUGUAUUGUAUUUGUUCUGGCUGGGUCAUGGCUGCUGGAACCUUGAAAGUGUGCGUUGUGGGCUCUGGGAACUGGGGCUCAGCCAUUGCAAAAAUAAUUGGGACUAAUGUCAAGAACCAGCAGAAGUUCGCCUCUACAGUCAAGAUGUGGGUUCGUGAAGAAACAGUGAACGGGAGGAAGCUGACUGAAAUCAUAAAUCACGACCACGAAAACGUCAAAUAUCUUCCAGGACACAAACUGCCGGAAAACGUGGUUGCCAUCCCAAAUCUCAAUGAAGCAGUACAGGAUGCAGAUCUGAUGGUGCUCACCACCCCACACCAGCUUAUUCACAACAUCUGUGAUGAGAUUUCUGGCAGGGUGCCCAAGAAAGCUUUGGGCAUCACACACAUCAAGGGCUUAAAUGAGGGCCCAGGAGGGCUGAUACUCAUCUUCAACAUCAUUCACGAGAAGACGGGAAUGGAUGUCAGCGUGCUGGUGAGGGCUAAUACAACCAACGAGUUGGCUGCCGGGAAGUUCUGCGAGACCACUAUCGGCAGCAGCCAAAAUGGCCUUCUCUUCAAAGAGCUGCUACAGACUCCCAACUUCCGCAUCACUGUGGUCGAAGAUGCCGAUGCUGUGGAACUCUGUGGAGCACUGAAAAAUAUCGUUGCUAUGGGAACCACCUUCUGCGAUGACCUCCGCUGUGGGAACAACAGAAAGGCUGCCAUCAUCUACCUUGGCCUUGUAGACAUGAUUGCUUUCACUAGGAUCUUCUGCAAGGGCCAAGUGUCCAUGGCCACCUUCCUGGAGAGCUGCGACUUGACUGACCUCAUCACUACCUGCUAUCAAGGGAGUGACUCCAAGGUGACCAAGGCCUUCUCCGGGACUGGGAAGACUACUGGAAAACUAGAGAAGGAGGUGCUGAAUGGGAGGAAGCUUCAAGGACUGGACACCUCUACCUUAGUGUACCACUUCCUCAAGCAGAAGGGACUUCUAGACAAGUUUCCGCUGUUCACAACAGUGUAUCAGAUCUGCUGUGAAGGCAGACCUAUCACAGAGAUGCUACCCUGCCUUACAGAAACACCCUGCGCACAUAUAAAGGGCAUCUGGCAGAUGGCUGGGACAGCCCUGCCUCACCUAUGGGGAAACGCUUGGAAACUAGGACUUGACAAGAAGAACCCUAUUUGACUAUAAUCUUAAAUACCGAAUGUAUUUGAAUCGCUCAACUUUGUUUGAGUUGUGAGAGGCAGUUCAUUGGCUAAGCGGUAUUGGUAACAGCUAAGCAUUACAAACAUGUGAGUGUGUUGUGUGUUUUUAAUUUCUCAUUGUAUGUGUUUCUGUGACCCACAGCUAGGUGUUCUUUUAACGAUCACAUAUGAAAUUUUCCCACUAAAGUAGCCUGUAAGAUUGGAUCUAUCUCAAAGAAACUUUAUAGAUGGGAUUCAAAUCUA